AUGCCCAUCCUCAAGAUUAAAAUGCCUCAUCCUACAGCGUCAACCUCAAAUUCUCCUCCCUCUGCAGCGCCAACUCCCGCACAUUACACAUCGACUCAGACUCCCAUUCAAGGAACUUCUCCUCCUUCGCAUACUCACAAAUCAUCCAAUUCGAGAUCCGCUAGUCCCGAGCGUCCUCCUGUUUCUCCCAUCACUCCUACAUUGUCGGCCGCGAGGCUAGCUUCAAACUCCAAUGUAAAUACGAAUGUGAACCUGGGAGUCGCCGUGAAAAAUGGAACGGCGGGAUUGGAAUCGCAAUCAUCGGGUUACGCGCAACGAAAUCAUGUCGGAGGAAAGAAUAUCGCAAUCAUGAAUAAUACCAUCGCAGCUCAGAAUAGUAGUCCUCAGCAAAUGCCAAUCCAUCCAGCCAUGCAAGCGCAAGCCCAUGCACUCAGAGAAACGUACGCCCAUACACAACAAACGCCACAAGUAUCGAUGCCGCAACCGAAACCGCCGCCACAGACGAUUGAUUUGAGUCAGAAUCCAGACGCUCUGGCUGUAAAAAGUGCGAUUUCGAUAUUACAGUUGCAGAUGAGAAAUGCGAAGAGGGAUAUGGUUACGUUGCAGAGGAUUAAAGAGAGGGCGAUGGAGGAUCCGGAGGGAUUUAUAGGAAGUUUGAAGGAAGGAGAACAGAGGGAAAGAGAGGAAAAUGCAAGGAAGAGGGGAAGAAUGGUCGUGGAUACGGAAAGUAGUAGUGAUGAGGAUGAAGAUAAAGAUGAGGAGUCUGAGGAAGGGCAACAGAUCAAUGGAGCGCAGGCCCAAAAUCCAAAGUGGGAGACCCUACCAACACCGCAGAACGUAGUACGGUGUCCACCGGUUAAUUGGGCGAAAUAUGGAAUUAUGGGGGAGAGUCUAGAUAGGCUGCACGAAGAUCAAAUCCGAGAACCAAGUCAAGGAAUUCCGGCUACCAUUAAUGCGGAUUGGAGCACGACGCACAAAUAUGGAGAUGGAACGAAGAAGGAAUACGUGAUGCAGAAACCACUUGGGAUAAACGAGGUGAAACCGAAGAAAAAAAGAUCACCUGCUAGCAAAAAAGAUUGA